UGGCUUUCGUUUACCAUGCAGGGCUCUGUAUUGCUUCAGUGCAGGAAUCGAGAGAGCACGUUUUCCAGCAGCAAAAAGAACUUCUGUAAAACUGCCCUCCUGAUUCUGGCUAAUAAAAAAAUAAAAGGAUUAGUCAGCAGUGGAGGUGACUCAUGCCAAUAUAAAGGGAGCGGAGCGACAGCUGUGGUGCAGGCAGCCUUCUGUGUUCCAAAGAAGGAGAAGGUGGCAAUUAAACGGAUCAAUCUUGAGAAGUGUCAGACGAGCAUGGAUGAACUCCUGAAAGAAAUUCAAGCAAUGAGUCAGUGCCACCACCCCAACAUUGUAUCUUACUACACAUCAUUUGUGGUGAAAGAUGAGCUUUGGCUUGUGAUGAAGUUACUUAGUGGAGGCUCUGUUUUGGAUAUUAUAAAGCACAUUGUGGCCAAAGGAGAACACAAGACCGGUGUCCUGGAUGAGCCCUGUAUAGCCACGAUCCUCAAGGAGGUGCUGGAGGGGCUGGAUUACCUGCAUAAAAACGGACAGAUCCACAGGGAUGUGAAAGCAGGAAACAUUCUUCUUGGAGAAGAUGGCUCAGUGCAAAUCGCAGACUUUGGCGUCAGUGCUUUUUUGGCCACCGGUGGUGACAUUACCAGAAAUAAAGUCAGGAAAACAUUUGUAGGCACACCUUGCUGGAUGGCACCAGAAGUUAUGGAACAGGUCAGAGGAUACGAUUUCAAGGCAGACAUCUGGAGCUUUGGGAUCACUGCUAUCGAACUGGCUACAGGGGCAGCUCCUUACCAUAAAUACCCCCCGAUGAAGGUUUUAAUGCUGACACUACAAAAUGAUCCCCCGUCUUUGGAAACCGGUGUGCAAGAUAAGGAGAUGCUGAAGAAGUAUGGGAAAUCUUUCAGGAAGAUGAUUUCAUCGUGCCUACAAAAAGACCCUGAAAAAAGACCUACAGCAGCAGAACUUUUAAGACACAAGUUUUUCACAAAAGCAAAGAAUAAAGAGUUUUUACAAGAAAAGAUGUUACAGAGAGCACCAACAAUUACUGAAAGAUCCAAAAAGGUGAGGAGGGUCCCAGGAUCCAGCGGGCGUCUCCAUAAGACUGAGGAUGGCGGCUGGGAAUGGAGUGAUGAUGAACUAGAUGAAGAAAGUGAGGAAGGCAGAGCAGCAAUUUCACAGCUCAGGUCUCCCAGAGUGAAAGAACCUGUACAGAAUUCAGAGCUAUUCCCAUCGGCUGAGCCUUCAGCUCCUUCACUCAGUGCUCCAGCACAGGCACCUACUCAACUACCUCAGGCUGCAGGACCAGCACCUGCACAACCUCAGGCUGCUGUACCUCCACCUAGUCAGGCUCCUCCAGCAGCCCCAGCAGCAGCUCAGGCCCCACCUGCCCCUGCUGCAGCUCCGGUACAGGAAGAUACAAAAGUCCCCAUCAGCCUUGUAUUAAGGUUAAGGAAUUCAAAAAAAGAACUCAAUGAUAUCCGAUUUGAAUUUACACCAGGGAGAGAUACUGCUGAUGGUGUGUCUCAAGAACUAAUUUCAGCAGGGCUUGUUGAUGGCAGAGAUCUGGUAAUAGUUGCAGCUAAUUUGCAGAAAAUUGUGGAAGAGCCUCAAGCAAACAGAUCUGUCACUUUCAAACUGGCAUCUGGUGUUGAAGGCUCAGAUAUCCCCGAUGAUGGCAAACUUAUAGGAUUUGCACAGCUCAGCAUCAGCUAAACAAUGGCCCCAGGAGAUGAUUCCCAACAGAGAACCCACAUGUGCAUAUUUGUAAUGCUUCUGUUAGCCUAAAAAAGAACCACUACUGCCAAAGAAUUGAACUACAGCCCCCUUCCUAGAAGCUUUAACAUUCUCCUUAAUAGGAUCACAAACCUUCCUGAGAUUACCGAUGGCGUUUACACCUUUUGUAAACAAGUCUCAUGUUUUUGUAUGUCAUCUCAAACAUGCAGAUCCAACACGUCAUUGCCUGCAUGUUCAUAUUAUUAUUGCCUUACUUUAAAGAAAAAUACUACUGAGUACGAAGUGGGGGUUCCACUGCUCUGAUGAUCUCGCCUAAAUGUUUGCUUACAUGUGGUUUCAUUUUUUUUCACUUGCUAUUUUUGCACAAGUUUUAAUACCGAACAGAUCUUUUUUUGUUGUUGUUGUUCUUUACCUGCUUCUCCUUCCAUCUGAAACACCAGUGUACAUGUUGCUUGUGUCACCUGGAGUGCUGAGAAAUCUGCUUCUCUUCAGCUGUCUUUUUAAACUGCUGGUUUGAAUGCUUGCACCUGAGAAGGCAAGCCAAGUCUUAACCCACAGGAGGGAGAGCCUUCUUCCCUUGUGUUUGUGUUUUUGAGAAGUUCCUCGACUUCAGAGUGUUAGAAGUCAGCUUCCCUUUGUAAACUGCCUUAAUUUUUUUUAAGUUUUAUCAUUUGGGUUCUCUCCACAUGAGUGCCAGGCGUGGCAUGACGGCUGAACCUCUUAAUUUACGUUAAGCAGUCCUUCCUCAAAACAUGUCUUUCAUUCUACAUCCUUAGAUGUAGUUUGUUCUUAAAGCAGAGCAACGAGCCUCUGCUGUCUGGAAACUGGUCUUGCAGAUGACCAACAAACUCACCACUCACAGUCAGAGGCAGAGGAGAUCUGUGUCACUGCGUUUGGAGAAGACGCGCGUGGGACUGUUCUUGAGAGCCAGUCUGUUGUGCCUGGCUGUGCGAGUCCUCCCUGACGUGUUUCCCAAUCCCUUGCAAACUGGUACCCGUGGAACCAUCCCUGUCGUGAUUUACAGCAAUAAAGAAUUGCCAGCAGGGCGGCAUUACUGGGCAAGCGAGCGCCGGGCUGCGUCCCUCCUGCACUGAGCGCUGGGCUCGUCAGCCUCGGCGGCGGUCCGAGCCUCCAUGUCUGGUCAGGAUGUCACCAAAACCCUGUCACACGUAUUUAGGUUUUCUUCCUAUGUGGUGUUGAAUUUGAAUUUCUACAGGAAUAACAUAAAUUAUACUUGGAGUUUGAUAAGAGACGCUUGUAAUGCAAUACGUGAAGAAUAAAUGGUGUUGAUCUCUUUUUUUUUUUUCCUACAGUUUCACAGUUGGCCUUUGUAACUGCUGUUGGCUCUGGAGUGUUUUCUACACAGCAAUUGUAAGCCUGUAAUGUAACACACAGAUGGAAACGUGUUUGGUUUCCCUCAGCCACCAACAAUGCAGAAACAGAGUGUUGAAGCAGAAUGAGUGGGUUCAAUUAGAGCAUUUUUUAUUUCUGAGUCUCCUGAUGAACAAUCUAUAUUUAUAUAUUUUUCUUGAUGAGCAGCUGCGGAACCUUCCUAAGUUGUGCAUGUUCUUUUUAUACUGCCCGUGUCCCUUUUAGUCUGUAGGUGGGUAGUGGAUAUGUUCCCAUAGGUGCUGCCAAGUGUCUGCAGCCCUGUUGCUGGUGAAUGAGAAGGAGAUGCAGAGGAGGAGGAGGGUCUGAGAGUUGAGAAUGCCCUGGGGUGCUGAGCAGAGGCUCUCAACAGCUGAGGAAGUGGAUGGCUGAUGUUGGGGAGCUGGUGAUGGCUGGGCUUGGCCAAGUCUGCAUGCACACGCAUGUGCCAGCUCUUACACUUCUUUAUGUUACUUGACAUGGAGCACUCCCAAAGGCUUCCCCCAGCGAGCUUCCUGGCUUGGGAAGAGCAGGCUGGCAUUCUGAUUGUUUGUGUCACCCCAUGGGAAAUAGGAAUGUACAGGAAACCACUAGGAUGUGGAGACGAGGCUGUCUUGGUGCAGCAUUGUUUUUCCUUUCUGCCUGCAUGCUGUGGGGGACUGCUUGUUGGUUUGCAUCCUGGUGCUGAGACUUGAACUGCCCGAAUGGAACAAUGCAGCCUCUAUUUAUUAAGUUAUUCCCCACCUUCCCAAAGCCAGGAUGUAGAGCGUGAGCUCACACUAACCUGAGGCUCCUUAGUUCUUUAUUGGAGAAAAUAGGUAAGGAAGAAACUGAUGUCACUUGCUCUGUAGUUCUCCAGACGUUUUGGGUAGCAAUCCAAAAUUUUCACUUGGGCUCUUACAGUGCUAGACAACUGUCUUUUCUGAUGUUGUUCCAGUAAGUGCCAACGCUGUUCAUAAUUGUUUUUCAGUGUCAUGAAUUUGUUUUCUUUUGUGGAAAUUUCUGAUCUGAACCUGGAAGCAGGUGGUAAUUUUCAGUUAGUUCCUACUUUUAAGGACAAUGCUCUGUUAAUGAAAAUGGAUCCUCUUCACGACUUUGGUGUAUUGUAGAUUAUAAUGAAAGAUGUAAAAUAUUCAGACUUUUUUUUCCCCUUUUUUUGGACUUUGUAUUUUACUGCAUGUCUCUAAUUUUUAAUCAAUAAAGAACAAAUUGUCCAUUGUCA